GGCGGCGGCGGUGGUGGCGGUGACGGCGGCGGCGACCGUCAGUUUUCGCUGAGGAGAAGCACGAAACGGACCCGUUGGCUCUCUUCUCCCUCCCUUUCCCCGCCCCGAGCCUCUCUUCGGACUCGCCGAGAGAAUCAGUCCCCCGUGGAGUUUCACUCCGUCUCCUUCUUUUUCUUUUCUUUUUUUUUUUUUCUUCUUUUCGUCGGUCCUCGGCCGGGUGGAAGUCACUGCCCUCGACGAGGAGGAGAGGAGGAGGAGGAGGAGGAGGAGGAGGCUAGCCGCCCUCGCCUCUCGCCGGCCCCCCCACCCCGGUUCGGUGCCCGCGGUUCCCGGAGAGGAGGUGCCGCCGCCACCGCCGCUCCCCCCCUCCCGCUGCCCUCGGGCCGGGCUGGGUCGAGCUGCGAUGCCCUCGGACUUCAUCUCCUUGCUCAGCGCGGACCUAGACCUGGAAUCGCCCAAGUCCCUGUACUCGCGAGAAUCUGUUUAUGAUCUACUCCCAAAGGAGUUACAGUUACCUCCAUCUAGAGAAACAUCUGUAGCAUCAAUGAGUCAGACAAGCGGUGGUGAGGCUGGCUCGCCUCCUCCAGCUGUAGUCGCUGCUGAUGCUUCUUCAGCUCCCUCCUCUUCCUCCAUGGGCGGUGCUUGCAGCUCCUUUACCACCUCUUCCAGCCCUACCAUUUAUUCUACCUCAGUCACCGACAGCAAGGCUAUGCAAGUGGAGAGCUGCUCCUCAGCCGUGGGGGUAAGUAACAGAGGGGUAAGUGAAAAGCAGUUAACCAGUAACACAGUCCAGCAGCAUCCAUCAACCCCGAAGAGGCACACAGUUUUGUACAUCUCACCACCACCUGAGGACUUGCUGGAUAACAGUCGGAUGUCCUGCCAGGAUGAGGGGUGUGGAUUGGAAUCUGAGCAGAGCUGCAGUAUGUGGAUGGAGGAUUCCCCCUCCAACUUCAGUAACAUGAGCACCAGUUCCUACAAUGAUAACACUGAGGUACCUCGUAAAUCACGAAAACGAAAUCCAAAGCAGAGGCCGGGGGUCAAACGACGAGAUUGUGAAGAAUCUAAUAUGGAUAUAUUUGAUGCCGACAGUGCCAAAGCACCUCACUAUGUGCUUUCUCAGCUUACCACGGACAACAAAGGCAACUCAAAAGCUGGAAAUGGAACACUGGACAACCAAAAAGGAAGUGGAGUAAAGAAGAGCCCUAUGUUGUGUGGACAGUAUCCUGUUAAAAGUGAGGGAAAGGAGCUGAAGAUAGUUGUACAGCCUGAGACCCAGCACCGAGCUAGGUAUCUGACUGAGGGCAGCCGUGGCUCUGUAAAAGAUCGAACACAGCAAGGCUUUCCUACAGUAAAGCUGGAAGGUCAUAAUGAGCCAGUAGUGUUGCAGGUGUUUGUGGGCAAUGAUUCUGGUCGGGUGAAACCACAUGGAUUUUAUCAGGCCUGUAGAGUAACAGGACGAAAUACAACCCCUUGCAAAGAAGUGGACAUUGAAGGUACUACUGUUAUAGAAGUUGGCCUUGAUCCCAGCAACAACAUGACACUGGCGGUGGACUGUGUAGGAAUAUUGAAGCUGAGGAAUGCUGAUGUUGAAGCCAGAAUAGGAAUUGCUGGUUCCAAGAAAAAAAGCACUCGUGCCAGAUUGGUUUUUCGAGUUAAUAUCACAAGGAAGGAUGGAUCCACUUUGACAUUGCAAACACCCUCUUCUCCCAUUUUAUGUACUCAGCCAGCAGGAGUACCAGAGAUACUAAAGAAAAGCUUACAUAGCUGCUCAGUGAAAGGAGAGGAAGAAGUAUUCUUAAUUGGCAAGAACUUUCUGAAAGGAACUAAAGUUAUUUUCCAAGAAAAUGUUUCUGAUGAAAACUCUUGGAAAUCAGAAGCUGAGAUUGACAUGGAAUUAUUUCAUCAGAACCAUCUUAUUGUGAAAGUUCCCCCGUAUCAUGACCAACAUAUAACUUUGCCUGUAUCAGUGGGAAUAUAUGUUGUGACCAAUGCCGGAAGAUCUCAUGAUGUUCAGCCAUUUACUUACACUCCAGACCCAGCAGCAGCUGGUGCUUUGAGUGUAAAUGUGAAGAAGGAAAUAUCUAGUCCUGCAAGACCUUGCUCUUUUGAAGAGGCCAUGAAAGCAAUGAAAACUACUGGAUGUAACUUGGAUAAGGUAAACAUCCUUCCUAAUUCCCUAAUCACUCCACUUAUAUCAAGCAGUAUGAUUAAGACUGAAGAUGUUACUCCAAUGGAAGUAACAGCAGACAAAAGAUCUUCCCCCAUUUUUAAGAACACAAAGACAGUUGGAUCAACUCAGCAAACUUUAGAAAAUAUUUCUAACAUCACUGGCAACAGCUCUUUUUCAUCACCUUCUUCCCACUUAACUUCUGAAAAUGAAAAGCAGCUUCCACCCAAGGCAUAUAACCCAGAAACCCUGACAACCAUCCAAACACAGGACAUUUCACAGCCUGGGAACUUUGCGGCAGUUUCUGCCUCUAGUCAGCUCUCCAGCAGUGAUGCUCUGCUGCAGCAGGCUACACAGUUUCAGACGAGAGAGGCUCAGUCUAGAGAAGUGCUACAGUCAGAUGGUACAGUGGUGGAUUUGUCCCAGUUGACUGAAGCGUCACAACAGCAGUCUCCACUACAAGAACAAGCACAGACUUUACAGCAGCAGAUGUCAUCAAAUAUUUUUCCAUCACCAAAUAGUGUGAGUCAGCUCCAGAGUACUAUCCAACAGUUACAAGCGGGAAACUUUGCAGGCAGUACCCCUGGUGGCAGCAGUGGAAGUGUUGACUUGGUCCAGCAAGUUUUAGAGGCACAACAACAGUUAUCUUCAGUUUUAUUUUCUGCUCCAGAUGGUAAUGAGAAUGUUCAAGAACAGCUUAGUGCAGACAUUUUUCAACAAGUGAGUCAGAUUCAAAAUAAUGUAAGCCCUGGGAUGUUUUCCACAACGGAACCUGCAGUCCACACCAGAGCAGAUAAUUUAAUACCUGGAAGGGCUGAAAGUGUUCAUCCUCAGACAGAAAGCACGUUGUCCAGUCAACAGCAGCAGCAGCAACAGCAGGUAAUGGAAUCAUCAGCUGCAAUGGUGAUGGAGAUGCAGCAGAGCAUUUGCCAGGCAGCUGCCCAAAUUCAGUCAGAAUUAUUUCCUUCAACUGGUUCAGCAAAUGGAAACCUUCAGCAGUCGCCAGUUUACCAGCAGCCUUCUCACUUGAUGAGUACACUAUCUACCAAUGAAGACAUGCAAAUGCAGUGUGAAUUGUUUUCUUCUCCUCCUACAGUUUCUGGAAAUGAAACUUCUACAACCACCACACAGCAGGUUGCAACUCCUGGUUCUACCAUGUUUCAGACAUCAAGUUCAGGAGAUGGAGAAGAAACUGGAGCACAAGCAAAACAAAUUCAGAAUAGUGUCUUUCAGACCAUUGUCCAAAUGCAACAUAGUGGGGACAAUCAACCUCAAGUAAACCUAUUUUCACCUACUAAAAAUAUGAUGACUGUUCAGAAUAGUAGUACCCAGCAACAAGGUAAUGGUUUGUUCCAGCAAGGGAAUGAGAUGAUAUCACUUCAGUCUGGGAAUUUUUUGCAGCAGUCUUCUCAUUCCCAGGCUCAACUCUUUCAUCCUCAGAAUCCUAUUGCAGAUGCUCAGAAUCUUCCCCAGGAUAAUCAAGGGUCUAUUUUUCAUAGUCCAAACCCUAUUGUCCACACUCAGACUAAUACAACAUCCUCUGAACAAAUGCAACCACCCAUGUUCCAUUCUCAGAGUAGCAUCACUGUGUUACAGGGCUCUUCAGUUGCACAAGACCAGCAGUCACCUAACAUAUUUCUUUCUCAAAGUCCUAUGAAUAAUCUUCAAACUAGUACAGUAGCCCAAGAAGAACAAAUUUCAUUUUUUGCAGCACAGAACUCAAUUUCUCCACUUCAGUCAACAUCCAACACUGAACAGCAAGCUGCUUUCCCACAGCAAGCUCCAAUCUCACACAUCCAGACCCCUAUGCUUUCCCAAGAGCAGGCGCAGCCCUCCCAGCAGGGGUUAUUUCAGCCUCAGGUGUCCCUGGGCUCCCUUCCACCUAACCCAAUGCCUCAGAAUCAACAAGGAGCAAUUUUCCAGUCACAGCACUCAAUAGUUGGCUUGCAGAGUAACUCUCCAUCUCAGGAACAGCAGCAACAGCAGCAGCAGCAGCAUCAACAGCAGCAACAGCAGCAGCAGCAGCAGCAGCAGCAGAGUAUUUUAUUUAGUAACCAGAAUACCAUGGCUACAAUGGCAUCUCAGAAGCAACCACCACCGAACAUGAUAUUCAGCCCAAACCAGAACCCACUGGCUAAUCAAGAGCAACAGAACCAGUCAAUUUUUCGCCAACAAAGUAAUAUGGCCCCAAUGAAUCAAGAGCAGCAGCCCAUGCAAUUUCAGAAUCAGCCUACAGUUUCCUCACUUCAGAACCCAGGUCCUGCCCAAUCUGAAUCAUCACAGACCCCGUUGUUCCAUAGCUCUCCUCAGAUUCAGUUGGUACAAGGGUCAUCUAGUUCUCAAGAGCAACAAGUAACGCUUUUCCUUUCUCCUGCAUCCAUGUCUGCAUUGCAGAGCAGUAUAACCCAACAAGACAUGCAGCAGUCUCCUCUUUAUUCCCCUCAGAACAACAUGCCUGGAAUCCAAGGAGCCACAUCUUCACCACAGCCACAAGCUACUUUAUUUCACAACACUGCAGGAGGCACAAUGAACCAACUACAGAAUUCUCCAGGCUCAUCUCAGCAGACAUCAGGAAUGUUCUUAUUUGGCAUUCAGAAUAAUUGUAGUCAGCUUUUAACAUCUGGACCAGCUACCUUGCCUGAUCAGCUGAUGGCCAUAAGUCAGCCAGGCCAACCACAAGCUGAGAGUCAGUCAUCUGUGACAACGCUUCUUUCUCAGCAAAUGCCAGAGAAUUCUCCCCUGGCACCCUCUAUAAACACCAAUCAGAACAUUGAAAAGAUUGAUUUACUUGUUUCAUUGCAAAACCAAGGGAACAACUUGACUGGCUCCUUUUAACUGGAUAUAAAUUCCAUGAAGAAAAUCAUGAUUCCAAGAUGUCCUGAGAUCAUGUGGUUCCAUGAAGAAAACUGAACUGUUACUUUAAAACUAAGAAAAACUGAGAAAAUGGAUAGAUUUUACUCUGACUGCAAAAGAGUACACCCAUGCUGCCCGUUGCAGUGAUCAGCUACCAAUGUUAACAUCUUCAUGGUUUUUAAUUCUAGUAACAGUGAUGACUGAGAACCUAUUUGGUUUUCCAGCUGGCAGAAUUGUUGCUAUUUUACCAAGUGCAGUUUCGUUAAAAGUACAGGUUAUUUUCAAAGCUGGACUACUCAGUUAUUACUGCUAUUAGAAAAAUAAUAUUUGUCAUGUUUACUUAUGUUCAUUUUAUUUCCUGACUUAUUUUAGCUAAUUAAUAUCUUAUGAGAAAGUAAAGUUCAGUAGCUCACUAAGGCUGUGAUUUUGUCAAUAUAAAAAACACAGCUGUUAGCCAAAGUGAAGGAAUUCAGUUUUUAUGGAGAAACUGAAGGGGUGAUAUUCUGACAAAUAAGCUAUAUCGAGAACUCUUCAUUGAACACAAAGGCAGGUGACAAACUUAUAAAACUGGGUACAGCUGGAAAUGUUAAUGAUUUUAUUUUUAGAGAGUUGUUAGUUCUCUGUUUCUACUAAGGGGUUUAGCUAUAACUGCAUAAAAUUUUAUUUUGCUCUAUGAAAAAAUGAAGGGGGUAAUAUAUGACAGAUUAUGUUCUGAUAUCCUCCUAUAGUAGUCUAACAAAGUAAUUUUAGUCUAUUUUCUUUUUAACCUAGUAAUAAGCUGGUAUUCCCUUUUUAUAUGCACCUGUAUUUUUUUUUCAUUUUCUUUUAGACAACUAUUAAUGUACUACUGGCUUUAUGACCCUAUAGCAACUUUUCUAGAAAGCAGCCACUUUGAUUCAGGGUGACCUAGUAGUUCUGCAGCACAGGGCAAGUAAGUAGAAUAUUCUCUUUGGAGUUACUGAGAGUUGAUUCCUAAGACUAAACAAUGCAUUUCCCCCAUUAACGGUGCUGUUCUGAAGUCUUCAAAAUUUUCCCUUCAAUGGAAAACAGUAUACGUUUUCAUUGUAAAAACAAGGCAAACAAAAAAUUCUUGAAAUAUUCUUCCUGAGCUGCAGUGACUAUAAUUCACUUGUCACCUCAGUGCUUUACAGCUGAAGUGGUCACUUACCUGACGGUUCCCACAAGCCUUAGGCUUUACAGGGUCAUAUUGUUGAUUUAAAAUGAAGAAUUAACUUGUUACAUCUAUAAAGAGCAAAAUAACACACUCCAGAACUUGCUGUUGUAGCAUUAGUGAUAGAGUUUUGGGUGUUCUUGCCACCCAUGGGAUGCCUGCUUCUAACUACCACCUGUGUCUGGACAUGUGCUUAUGUCUCAUUUUCAUUUUGGCAUGUGGAAAGCUGUCAAUGCAGUGUAAGGCCAACAUGGUGUGUGGCUUCUAUGUAGUGAUGUCUUGGUAUCCUUGUCCAUUUCUUUUACUUUUUAAGUGUAAAAAAAAAAAUAGCCUGUUAAUGGUUGUUGAAGGCUACUUUUAUGUUAUUUUUCUUAGUUUUCUUUAUAUUCUUUCUCUCCCUUCUCCCAUUCUGUACAUUUAAUUGAGCUGUAUGGAAUUGUGGUGUUGGUUUUGUUUAUAUGCCCAGAUCUCUUCCCUUUUUGUGAUGGUCUUCCUUUGUUUUUUGAAUGUUUUAGGCUUAUAAUUUCAUUUUCUCUCUAUCCUCAUUCUUCCUUCCACCCCAGUUCCUCCCUUCCCCUUCUUCUCUCCUUCCUUCUCCCCCACCCUUCCUUCCUUCCUUUCUCUCUUUGAGAGGCAUUGAAUUACGUUUUCAGUAGUACAGGCUUCUUGCCGAUAUGAAGGGAACUUUUCAGAAAGAGACCUACUCUGGGUCAUUUAAUUUUGAAUACAGUUUUCAAUCGUUCAAGUUUUGGAUGGUUUAUAUCUAAUGUGUGUUUCAUUUUUUUGGAAAGCUAUAUUUUGUAUUUAGGAAAUGGUAUACUAUUUUGCUAUUUGUACUGAGUGAGUACAUUGGCAUAAAUAUAGAAAUUUAUAUAUAUACAUAUAUAUAAACUAUUCUUUUUGCCACACAUUUUUGUGGUAAAUUUGUGAGUUUGUCUGAUGUUCUACCACAACGUGGCGUCUGAUAACAGUGAGGGGGGGUUUGUUAUGUCUUUAUUGAGUAUUUAAGUACCUUUUGAAAUAAAUGACCUGUUCAUCUGUAGCCAUUCCAUCAGGCAGUUCCUUGAUGUUAUUAGUGAGCUAAAGGCAAUUUUCUGUGUGUUUGCUGGAUCUUUUACUCAGCAAAAUGUUAGAGUAAGGAAACCUACUAAGGCAAUUGUGUCAAAUGGUAUUUCACAAGAAUGAGCCACUCAGCCUUUGCUCACUCUCUAUUUAAUAUUUUAUUAUUAUUGUUAUUGUUAUUAUUAAUUGGCUUUCUGUAUUCUAUCUAUGCCUUUUAUUUAUAAAGACACUAAAAAAAUUUGUAAUUUUAAUAACAUUUCCCCCAUCUUUUAAUAUCCAGAGCUACUUUAUAAAUUCUGUGAACCAAAAGUAUUUUCCUCAGUCUCUCUAUUCUCCCCCAGCUCCUGUCGGGAAAGACACCCAAUAUAGUUCAGGUGAUAAGGAGGACCAGCCACACAAUCCAGUGCUUCGAUUUUAAAAUGUGAAAAUUACCCUUGGGGAUUGCUUGCAAUGUCAGAGAGAGUAAAUCUAGCAGUGUAGUAGAAAAAAAAAAAAAGCAUAAAUUUAAAAUUUAAAAAACACUACAUUUAUUUUUGAAUUCUGAAUUUUUUUUUCCUAAGAUCAUAUAGGAGACUCAAAAAUGUUUGCUGACCAAGAUCAAAUCAGAACGAAUGUUACUACUGCCUCAUGGUGAAAUGGUGGCGAGAAGUCUGGCUUGUGUGGUGACUUCUGUUUGUUCUGUGCUUUAGCAAGAGGCUUAUCCUUAUAAAAUGCUGAUUGGCAAUGCCAAGUCACCGGGACCAAUUUUCUGUUUUAUAAUAUCUAAGUUUAGAACAGGACAUGUACCUGAACUGUAGUGGUUUGAGUGGAGGCAGAGAAAACCAAUUUUUAUCCUCAUAAAUUUUUGGUUAUACAAGGGCUGUGCUAUGCUAUCAUAUUCUUAUUCAAUAAUGAUUGGGGGGUUGUUUGAUUUUUUUACUUUGUUAAAUGUUCCUUACCCCGAAAAGUCAAUGUUAAGUACAACAUUUUGAAUAUGAUUUGGCUACAACAAGUAUGUGUCGUCUUAUUGAAGAGAUAGCUCAGUGGUUGAUACUUGUGCUAAUAAUGCCGUUUCCCAGUUACUGUUACAAGUUACAGCUACAUAUGGGAAAGACUCAGUGAGCCGGUAAAGGCCUUGGAAACAUCAAUUUAUUAAAUUUAUUUCUGGCAGAAGGACCUAAAUAAACUGUGAACCAUAUUUUA